AUGGUCUGUACAUGUCCGUUGAUUAUUGCGUCGCGUCUGAAGCUUGUUCCUUUUUGCCUACAUAGUAAGUAUUCUUUAUCUAUCUCUCUGUCUAUCUGUCUAUCUAUUCAAGUCUGUUCUCAUCUAUCUAUCUAUCUAUCUAUCUAUCUAUCAUCUAUAUCUAUCUAUAAGUUCACAUCUAUCUAUCUAUCUAUGUAUCUAUUAAUCUAUCUAUCUAUCUAUUCUGUAUCUAUCUAUCUAUCUAUCUAUCUAUCUAUCUAUCUAUCUACUCUGUAUCUAUCUAUCUAUCUAUCUAUCUAUCUAUCUAUCUAUCUACGUUUAUUCUUUAUCCAUUUUUUUAUUAUUUAUCUAUCUUUAUACAUCCAUAUAUCUAAAUAUCUAUCUAUCUAUCAUUUUUUAAUUAUAUUUUAUCUAAGUCUGUAUCUAUCUAUCUAUCAUUUCACAUCUAUCUAUCUAUCUAUCUAUCAUCUAUCAUCUAUCGUUUAUUUUUAUCAAUUUAAGUUUAUUUUUAUCCAUCUAUCUAUCUAUAUUUAUCUAUCUAUCUAUUUAUCUAUCUAUCUAUCUCGUUUAUUCUUUAUCAAUUUUUUAUUUUUUAUAUCAUAUAUUAUUAUCCAUGUAUCUUUUAUUUUUAAUUAUAUUCUUUAUUACAUCUAUCUAUAUCUAUCUAUCUAUCUAUCUAUCUAUCUAUCUAUCUUCAUCUGUUUCAUCUAUCUAUAUCUAUCUAUCUAUCUAUCUAUCUAUCUAUCUAUCUAUCUAUCUAUCUAUCUAUCAUACGUUUAUUCUUUAUCUAUUUAUUCUGUUCCCAUCUAUCUAUCUAUCUAUCUAUCUAUCUAUCUAUCUAUCUAUCUAUCUAUCUAUCUAUCUAUCUAUCUGUUGUGGUAA